AUGCGGUUCGCAGCUGCCUUCGAAGCGGCGUCACAAGCGAUUCGACGCCGCCCUAAGUUCUCCCGACUCCUCGUCAUAUGUGCUAUCGGUGCUGGUGGUGUAUUAGCAUAUGCUGAUGCAAAGUCGGAUCAUAGUUUUGAUACACCCGGAACAACAAACAAAAAAAAGUUGGUUGUCCUUGGAACUGGUUGGGCUGGCACUAGCUUCUUGAGAAAUUUAGAUACCUCUCAAUAUGAUGUCCAAGUGGUAUCACCUCGUAACUACUUUCUAUUCACUCCUCUACUACCAAGUGUCACUUGUGGGACUAUUGAACCACGCAGUAUUGCAGAGCCUAUUCGCAAUAUCAUGCAAAAGAAAGGUGAAAAAAUUCAAUUUUGGGAAGCUGAGUGUGAUAAGAUUGAUCCAAUUAACAAGAAAGUUCUCUGCCGAUCCAAUGUUUGCACAAACUCAGAUGGGAAAGGGGAAUUUGCUCUAGAUUAUGAUUACUUGGUUCUUGCACUAGGAGCAAAGCCGAAUACCUUCAACACUCCUGGUGUGGUGGAGAACUGUCAUUUCCUUAAGGAAAUAGAGGAUACACAGAGAAUCAGGAGGAGCGUGAUGAAUUGCUUUGAGAGAGCAUGCCUUCCAGGCCUCAGUGAUGAAGAGAAAAGAAAUAACCUCCAUUUUGUCAUUGUUGGUGGGGGUCCCACUGGCGUAGAAUUUGCAGCAGAAUUGCAUGACUUUGUGACUGAAGAUCUGGCCAAGUUGUAUCCCACUGUCAAAGAUUUGGUGAAAAUUUCAGUAAUUGAGGCCGGGGAGCAUAUUUUGACAAUGUUCGACAAAAGGAUAACUGAAUUUGCCGAAGAGAAGUUCCAAAGGGAUGGUAUUGAUUUGAAAACCAAUUUCAAGGUUGUCAAGGUAACGGAUAAGGAUAUCAUUAUGACUAAUGGAUCGUCUGGAGAGGUUUCAGUUCCCUAUGGAAUGGUUGUUUGGUCUACUGGUAUUGGAACUCGUCCAGUGAUACUGGAUUUUAUGAAACAAGUUCAGCAGGCUGAUAGACGAGUAUUAGCAACUGAUGAGUGGUUGAGAGUCCCAAAUUGUGAUGGUGUCUAUGCUCUUGGGGACUGUGCAACAAUAAGUCAGAGAAAAGUCAUGGAAGACAUCGCAGCAAUUUUUAGAGUUGCAGACAAGGAUUAUUCUGGUACUUUAACCGUUAAAGCUAUCAAAGACGUACUGAAGGAUAUCUGUGAGAGGUACCCUCAAGUGGAGCUUUACCUGAAGAGCCAGCAUAUGAAGGAUUUUGUUGAUCUAUUUUCGGAUGAAAAUGGCAAUGCUCUCAAACAAUCCAAAGAAUUGGAUAUAGAAGUGUUCAAGAAAGCUGUUGCCCGUGUGGAUUCACAGGUUAAGAUGCUACCUGCUACAGCUCAGGUGGCUGCGCAACAAGGCGACUAUCUUGCUAAGUGUUUUAACAAGAUGAAAAUCUGCGAGGAGCAACCUGAAGGUCCUCUUCGUAUAAGGGGGUCAGGUCGUCAUAGAUUCCAUCCGUUUAGAUAUCGGCAUUUGGGGCAAUUUGCUCCUUUGGGUGGAGAGCAAACGGCUGCACAGCUGCCUGGAGACUGGGUUUCUAUUGGCCACAGCACACAGUGGCUUUGGUACUCUGUGUAUGCAAGUAAGCAAGUGACUUGGCGCACGAGGUUUCUUGUGAUGUCUGAUUGGACGAGGAAGUUCAUAUAUGGAAGAGACUCGAGCUGUAUGUAA